GUGUCUGUGUGUCUGAGUGCGGGGCAGGGGCGACGGGGACUGCUGGACAGGAACGGACCGGGUCCGGCAGGGCAGGGCUACGCGGGGCCGCUCAGGGGGCGGCGGGGCGCAGGCUGCGAGCAGGAGCCGCCCGGGUGCUUCUCCCUUCCCGAUCGGCCCAUAGUCCCUGCCGCGGCAGCGCGCUCGCUCGCUCGCCUCCCGCCGGGGCAGAGCACCCCCGCCCCGUCUCCCGGAGCUCGCCCUGGCAGAGCGCUCCCGAGGUGCCAGCAGCCGCCAGGAUUUUUGUUUGUCUUGUUUGUGUGUUUGUUGGGUUUUUGUUUUGCCUUUUUUUUUUUUCCUCCCUUGUUUUCAUUUGGGUUUCUAGUCUCGCUGGGAAUGGCAGGGACAGCAGUGCCUGGAACAAGUGUGAGCAAAGGGAGAGGGAGCCGGAGCUGAAUGACAGGAUGCGGUCGACUUAAGGCACAGAAAGAAGCCAGCGUCCCUCUGCCCCCGGGACUGCCCUUGCAGACCCUGCUUUCUGUUUCUGACUCCGGCUGGAGGAUUUAAGACCCAGGAAGAGUUGUACGUGGAGGGCAUUUUUGUUUUGUUUUGUUUUUUUCCUUCCUUUCCCUGCUGUCGGAAGAGAAAAUGGAUUGGGGACUUCUCCUGCACUGUGCAGCCCUCACCUUCACCCUCGCCAGGGCGCUGCGAAGCGACAAAUGUGGCGACACGAUCAAGAUUUCAAGCCCCGGGUACCUCACCUCUCCCGGCUACCCCCAGUCCUACCACCCCAGCCAAAAAUGCGAGUGGCUGAUCCAGGCCCCGGAGCCCUACCAGAGGAUCAUGAUCAACUUCAACCCGCACUUCGAUCUGGAGGACCGCGACUGCAAGUAUGAUUACGUUGAAGUGAUUGAUGGAGAUAACGCUGAUGGACGCUUAUGGGGCAAGUACUGUGGAAAAAUUGCUCCCCCUCCUUUAGUGUCUUCAGGACCACAUCUUUUUAUUAAAUUUGUUUCUGACUACGAGACGCACGGAGCAGGAUUUUCUAUCCGCUACGAAGUUUUCAAAAGAGGACCUGAAUGUUCCAGAAACUUUACUGCAACAAGUGGAGUGAUAAAGUCCCCUGGAUUCCCUGAAAAAUAUCCCAAUAGCAUUGAAUGCACUUAUAUUAUCUUUGCACCAAAUAUGUCAGAGAUUAUACUGGAAUUUGAAAGCUUUGAGCUAGAACCUGAUUCAAAUACUCCAGGGGGAGCGUUCUGUCGCUAUGACCGAUUGGAAAUCUGGGAUGGAUUCCCUGACGUUGGCCCCCAUAUCGGGCGUUAUUGUGGGCAGAACAACCCAGGACGUGUCCGGUCUUCAACGGGGAUUCUUUCAAUUGUGUUUUACACUGACAGUGCAAUAGCAAAAGAGGGAUUCUCAGCCAACUACAGCGUGUCACAAAGCACUGUAUCAGAAGAUUUCCAGUGCAUGGAACCACUAGGUAUGGAAUCAGGAGAAAUUCACUCUGAUCAAAUCACUGUCUCCUCCCAGUACAGUGCUAUCUGGUCUUCAGAAAGGUCCCGGUUAAAUUACCCUGAGAAUGGAUGGACCCCAGGGGAAGAUUCUGUCAGAGAAUGGAUACAGGUAGAUCUGGGCCUUCUCCGCUUUGUUUCUGGAAUUGGGACCCAAGGAGCCAUCUCAAAAGAAACAAAGAAAGAAUAUUAUCUGAAAUCAUAUCGUGUAGAUGUCAGCUCCAACGGAGAGGACUGGAUUACACUGAAGGAAGGAAACAAGCCUGUUGUGUUUCAAGGGAAUAGCAAUCCCACAGAGGUUGUUUACAGACCUUUUGCCAAACCAGUUCUAACACGGUUUGUGCGAAUCAGACCUGUGACUUGGGAAAACGGAGUGUCACUGAGAUUUGAAGUUUAUGGCUGCAAGAUAACAGAUUACCCUUGCUCUGGGAUGCUGGGUAUGGUGUCUGGGCUCAUUCCUGACUCUCAGAUUACUGCAUCCACUCAAGUUGAUAGAAACUGGAUCCCAGAAAAUGCUCGCCUCAUAACAAGCCGCUCAGGCUGGGCACUGCCACCAACUACCCAUCCAUAUACAAAUGAAUGGCUUCAAAUAGACCUUGGUGAAGAAAAGCAAGUAAGGGGCAUAAUUGUCCAAGGAGGCAAGCACAGAGAAAACAAAGUAUUCAUGAAAAAAUUCAAAAUUGGCUACAGCAACAAUGGCUCAGAUUGGAAAAUGAUCAUGGAUUCCAGCAAGAAAAAGAUAAAGACUUUUGAAGGCAACACCAACUACGACACACCCGAGCUGCGGACUUUUGAACCUGUCUCGACCAGAUUCAUCCGCGUCUACCCCGAGAGAGCCACACACGGAGGGCUGGGGCUGAGAAUGGAGCUGCUGGGCUGUGAACUCGAAGCUCCUACCGUUGUCCCUACCAUUUCGGAAGGCAAACCUGUGGAUGAGUGUGAUGAUGACCAGGCAAACUGUCACAGUGGCACAGGUGAUGACUACCAACUGACAGGUGGUACUACAGUGCUGAAUACAGAAAAGCCAACAGUAAUAGACAAUACACUACAACCAGAGCUGCCGCUAUACAACUUCAACUGUGCCUUUGGCUGGGGAUCUCAAAAGACUUUGUGCCACUGGGAGCAUGACAACCAGGUGGAUUUAAAGUGGGCAAUCCUGACCAGCAAAACAGGGCCAAUUCAAGACCAUACAGGAGAUGGCAAUUUCAUCUACUCGCAAGCUGACGAAAGCCAGAAAGGCAAAGUUGCCCGGCUGCUGAGCCCCGUGAUUUACUCACAGAACUCUGCCCACUGCAUGACCUUCUGGUACCACAUGUCUGGAGCACACGUGGGCACCCUGAAGAUCAAACUGCGCUACCAAAAGCCAGAUGAAUACGACCAGGUACUGUGGACUCUGAGCGGGCACCAGGCAAACUGCUGGAAGGAAGGACGUGUUCUGCUUCACAAGUCUGUGAAACACUACCAGGUGGUUAUUGAGGGAGAAAUUGGAAAAGGGACUGGAGGAAUUGCCGUGGAUGAUAUUAAAAUUGACAAUCACGUAGCACAAGAGGAUUGCCGAAAAUCAACUGAUGUGGAGAACGAAAUAGAUGAAGAAGAAGACCCAGAAGGUAAUCAAACAGGGUUUACUCCUCCAUACCAUACAGGAGAAGACUACGAGGAUAACAUCUCCAGGAAACCAGGCAGCGUCCUGAAGACCUUAGAUCCCAUCCUCAUCACCAUCAUAGCCAUGAGUGCACUCGGGGUGCUUUUAGGAGCCAUCUGUGGAGUCGUCCUGUACUGUGCCUGUUGGCACAAUGGGAUGUCAGAGAGGAACUUGUCUGCACUGGAGAAUUACAAUUUUGAACUGGUCGAUGGCGUAAAACUGAAAAAAGACAAACUGAACACACAGAAUUCAUACUCGGAAGCAUGAAGGUAAAAGCGACUGGAGAAGUUUCAGAGCAUCGGGAUGAAAGGACAUAGCUCGGUUGUGCUGGGGAACUCUUGAUCUUCUUUUACUGUACAGGCUGAAAAGUGCAUUGAUGACACUGAGCCAAGCUUUUCUCAGGAGCUUCAAUGAGUGUGUAACCGAUAAACAUGGACAACAAUCUGUGUUAACGAUCUGAAUCAUGUACAGUCUGCUUUUUCCGUUGGUUUUAUUUGAAAUAAUCAAAUGCUGGUGUUGAGACCAAGGAUGAUUGAUUUAGAGCUCAUUUUCUCUUCCUUUCUCUCCUUCUCUUACAUUUUUCCCUUAAGGGACGGUUUUGGUUUUACUGUGCAAAAUCCAAGAUGCUGUCACAAAAUGUAUUCAGUGGGGUCCUUUGGAUGGACAUGCUGUCUGUAGCUCAGUGCCCAGAACAUAUUGGAGUAACAGCAAUUAGUGGACUCCUGCCCCUGUAUUUGUGUAUAAUUGCUCGUGUUGUGCAUAGGCAAAGAAGGGUUAGGCUGUUUUUGGAAGUACUGCUGCAUCAGUACCGAUAUCGUGUCAGCUCUGUUUACGAAGCAAUACAGUCUGAUUUUAUCGAUGUUUUCAGUGUUGUACUAAAUUUUGUGCUUGUGAACUCCAUAAAAGAUUUAUGUGCCAUCAUCAGACACAACUGGUAACCAAGUGUACUGCCUAAAAAAUCAACAAAACAAACAAACAAACAAACAAACAAAAAAGUCCUUGGCACUGGCUAGUGUAUGUCCUCUCAAGUGCCUUUUUGUUCGUACUGCUUCUCAUUGUGUAAACAUUAACUCCAGCUCUGCUUCUCUGCAGUGAUGGCCUUGGCUUUGGUCUUACUCUGGUGGCUCACUGGCUAAAAGAAAGGUAUAUUUCAGUGCAAGGAAGUAGCCUCAAUAAGGCAAGGGCUGAUCAGAUUGGACAACCUGGCUCGAUUGUUCUGCUUUCUGUAUUUCAACUCCAUGUCUCUUGACCCUUUUGUAUAAAGCUGCAAUAUGCCCUUUUAUUGUUCUUUCAUAUAGAAUGUAUUUUCAAAUGUAAAAUCUCUCUCCCUUUCUCUUCUCUUUCUCUCUAAGUAGAUUGCAUAAGCAUUUGCCAUUGCCAAGGAAAGAAAACUGCAGCUUUAACUUGCUGGUAAUGGCAAAGAGUUUUAUUAGAGUUUGUGUUUUAAAAAAAGGGAAAAUUCUUAACUUUACCCUCCAAAGUCGAACUUUGGGUUUCUUCUUAACAGCAUAAAGUGACAGUAUCUUUUUUCCUGAAGUCAUGAAACGUGUCUUUUAUCCUGAACAGCUUGCCUGUUAAUUACACCAGGGAAAAUUAUUCCCUUACUGAAAAGAUUGCCUUGAAAAUGAGAAAGUUUCCUCCUCCUGCCCCUACCUGAACCCAGAGUUCUGUUCUCUCAGUAAACGUGUAUUUUCAUGCUAAUCAAUGCUAAUUGGGCUUACACAGGAGUACUGAGGGCAGAAUAAAAUCCCACAGUGUAUGUAGGGUAUGUUCUCAUCAUCAUGUUCUAUCCAGUUGGCAUUUCUGUUUGACCAGAAGUGCAGAAAGUGACAGAUUUGUGAGCUAAGGAACGUAAGCUGUUGGGAAAAACAUUUGACAAUUAUGUGGCAAUUUUGUAAUCUUUUAGGACAAAUAUUAUUGGACAAAUUCUGUUCAACAGCCUAUGCAGCUAGGCCAACAGGGUAAAAUGGAACAAGGUUUUUGUUCCCUACUGGGGGUCCAACAAGAGGAGGCGAGGGACCAGAGGGAUCACUCCCCUCCUGCAGCUGUGAGAGAGGCCUCUGGGUGUUCUGCGGUGGCCCACACACAGACAGCCAUAACUGUGGAAGAAGGCCACUUUAACCUUGCCCUGGGUAUCUACGAACCAGCAGAUAAAAUCAGUGCAAACAUGGGGAAAGAAACAAACUGCAGAGUGCUGACCUUGUGUUCUUCCUCGCUGAAUUCUCUGAGUAGAGCCAGAGAAGUGAUUGUGACUUUCUGAGUUAGUCUUUUCUAGAAUUGCUUUUGUAGUAGAGCAAUGAAGUAUCCUGUCCAUGAAUAGGACUAAAGAAGGGCUAAUUCAGCCUUGAGUUACACAGGGCAACAAAAUCAUUUAUCAAUCAAAUGCUUUAAAGUAUCCGAUUGCACCAAUGUGAACCAUGAAACAGAAAAUUCAGUGGAAAAUCCAUGAAUAACCUAGAAACUGAAGAAAAGGUAGGGAGACUGGAGGUAAAAAUGAGAGUUUUGAUGUUGAAAAUGCUUUAAAGAUGAACCCGAUAGGAAAAAAAAAAGUGGACAGUUGCUACUUCAAAGGAGUCCUAAAGGCAAAGACGAUGAUGAAAACGCAAACAUCCACAUCAGGUCAUCAAACCGCAGAUGCCUGAAUUGGAAGAGUUAGGGGUCCUCCAGAAGGUGAGACAGGGCACCUGAGACCUGAAAGUUUUGCCUGAAAGUUAGUCCACAAAAUGUCCCAGGUGGCAAACUCACUUUGGCAGAGAGAGAAUUUUCCUUUGUAUCUAACACUGUAAUUUGACCGUGACGGUAUCGCCGCAGCUAGUUAAUUAACCCAAAGAAAUAAAGGAUUGUUUAAAACUCUUUUCAGCACAACACCACUGUGGCAUUCAGGUGCUAGGGGUCUGUUCUUAGCUGAAAAACUUCUAGUCCACUAAGUUGACUGAGAGUUACAUGCAUACACAGCCUUGAAGAGAAAAAUCCCACUGGGGAGCCCGAGCCCAAAACCUUUAGAACUAUUCCUAUGGAUUUCAAUAGAUUCUGGACCAGCUUCUUGGUCUUGAUCUUUCUGAACAGUAAAGCUGGUGGGUGCUGGGGUUUUUUUCUUCCUUUAUCAUAAUGAGGAUAGUGAAGCUAAAAAAAAAUAAAUAUAUAUUUCCUUUGUGCUCUUCAGACCUUACUAUGAUAAUGAGUAUCUAGCACUGAAGAUUUGAUUUCUCUGAAGGUAACAGAAUGGAAGUUGCCCUUCAAUAAAGGAAAAAUGAUACUGCAACUUUACAUGGAAAAGUAUCUUGCACUGAUAAAUAUAUUUAAAAAAAAAAUUAUAUGUUUAUAAAGUUAUUAAUUUGUAAAGGCAGUGUUACAAAAUGUUCAGUUUAUAUUGUUUUAGAUUGUUUCAUAAUUUUUAAAGUGUAAAAAUAACAUAUUUUUUUCUUUAUUGAAAAAAAAAAACAAAACAAAACAAAACCAAGCAACUAUAAAAAAAGGUUUUUCGGUAGUAAAAUGAUUUCAUUUUACUGGUAUAUUAUUGCUUCAUGUUUUGUACCAUCCUAAAGAAGGAAAAAAA